AUGCAUUUGUCCCUUCCUUAUAAUCGGGCUGGUCAAUUACCAGGGCCGCUUCCAGAUCAGAAUGAGAUUAAACAGGCAACACGAACCCUCCCCAAGGCAUCAGACUACGGUGGGCGCAUGGUCGUAAUCAGAGACCAAUACGUUGUGAAAUAUGGCCCGCUUGUGACAGAAAAUGAGGGAUGGGCUCUAAUGUUUGUUGAAAAACAACUCAACAUCGCAGCACCACAACUCUACGCCAUGUACCGCGAUCAGGAGAUCCUGUAUAUCGUCAUGGAAUACAUCCCCAGCAUUUCCCUAGGGAUGGCGUGGUCUUCGCUCACUGAUGAUAAUAAAAAUUUGAUUGUUGGACAAUUACGAUGCAUCCUUGAUCAAAUGAGAGAGCUGCCCUCACCCGGGUUCUAUGGCAGUAUCAACAGAGGACCCGUUCCCCAUAGGUAUUUUUAUUCUCGUGAAAAGGACGCUGCUAUUACUGGCCCUUUCCAGACGGAAGAAGAAUUUGGAAAAGCUAUCGCACUUCGCUCAAAAACCAUGUGGAGCGAAUCAAGUCAUCAUAGCUUUCUCUCUGACUAUCUUACUCGACACCUCCCGUUGGCAUUUCGCAAUCAUCCACCUAUAUUCACCCACGGGGAUAUUGCUAGAGAUAACGUUCUUGUACGGAAGGUUGUUAAUUCUGUCGCAAAUGAAGAAGAGUAUGAGUUAGCUGCCCUUGUCGACUGGGAAUCGGCUGGAUGGUAUCCUUCCCACUGGGAAUACUCUCAUAUGUUUCCCCUCCUGCAGUGGAUUGACGACUGGCCAGCAUAUUAUGAGAAGAUUGUCGAUCCCUUGCCGCUGGAGGGUGCCAUGAUGCGGGUUGUAUUUAGUGAUCUUGAGUUUUAG